AGCCACAGCGCCGCCGCAAACUCUUGCAAACCAUAUAUAUAUCUAUAUACAUACACACUGGGGGUGGGUCAACGCGCAUGUCCCCAUCACUCCUCCUUUAACAGGAAAAGUAACUACACACCACCAAAUCAACCAAUCCAGUUGUAAUAAUGAUGCUCAACAUCAAACCACCUUACAUCCAACUAAUAAGAAAGACCCAUUCCCCAGAGAACCACCAAGAUCCUCCCUCCACCGCCACCACCUCCGCAGCGCCUGCAUGGGCUCCUCCGCCGCCCCCUCUUCUUGUCAUCCACUGCUUUUCCCCUUGUUGUUCUUGAUCUGGGCUGUAGUACUCUUCCCAUCUCCCACCGGUGCCGGCCCUGUUUCAGUUCCUUCCAUCUCAGCCAACUUCACAGCUUCUUAUCUCCAAUUCAUAGACAACUCAGGCGCGUUCUUGGCGUCUCAGAACAGUUCUUUCCAGGCCCGAAUAACCAACGCAAAGCCCGAAUCGACGUCCUUUUACUUCGUCAUAAUUCACGUUGAUUCCAACACUAUUGUUUGGUCAGCCAACCGCAACCAGCCCAUCGCAAAAUCAUCUGAACUCCGGUUGACCGCCAAUGGCCUCACUCUUUACAACGAUACAGGCCAUCCCAUUUGGUCAACUCCGCGGAAUCUUCCUUCGGUUUCUUCUAUGCAUCUCCUGGAAUCUGGAAACUUAGUCUUGCUCGAUGGCAGGAACAAUACCUUGUGGGAAAGUUUUGAUUUUCCGACAGAUGUUCUUGUCGUGGGACAGAAAUUACGCGUCGGAAAAUCGUUAGUGUCCUCUUUGAGUGAUGGGGAUUUAUCAGAAGGCAGCUACAGAUUCGUGAUUGGGUACAACGACGCGAUGCUUCAGUGGAAUGGGAUGAAUUACUGGAAGUUGUCCAUGGAUAAACGGGCUUUCAGGGAUACCAAUUUUCCAGUUGAGUACAUGGUUUUGAACUUUACUGGGCUGUAUUUGAUUGGAGGGAACGGCUUACAGAUUGUGAUCAAAGUUAUCUUGGAUGAUUCUAGUGACGUUUCAGCCAAUUCUCCGUAUUUUCGAAUAGUGAAACUAGAUCAGAAUGGGAUGUUCAGUGUAGUAAAGAUCAAUGUAAUGGGUAGAUCAAGCGAGCAAGAAUUCAGAGGCCCAACUGAUAGCUGCCAAAUUCCGUUUAUAUGCCGGAGGCUUGGUGUUUGCACUAACGGCGGUUCUUGCCAGUGUGCUCCGGCGUUUCACUAUGAUCCCAAUAUGAACAGUGGUGAUUGUGUGCCGACAGAUGGUUCAUUAGCUUUGCCAGGUUCCUGUAAUGGUUCAUCGUCAAACAGUACUGCUGUCAAGUAUUUGACCUUGAGGAACGAUUUGGAUUAUUUCUCCAAUGAUUUUGCAGAUCCUGUGGUGCAUGAUGUCAGCCUCUCGGCCUGCCAGAAUCUGUGUUCGAUAAAUUGCUCGUGUUUGGGUGUUUUCUACAGCCAGGUUUCUGGAUCAUGUUACAUGGUCAUGAACUACAUAGGUUCCAUCAUGAUCAAGUCGAGCUCAACGGAUCGUUUGGGGUAUAUUAAGACUAUAGCUCUCGGAGUUCCAAAUGGCUAUUCGCAGAAAACGAAAUCAGAUUUCCCGGUAGUAGCAGUGAUUUUGUUGCCAUCAUCAGGGGUUAUAGUGAUUGCCCUGGUUGCAAUUCUGAUUUGGUUGAGAAGGAGAAGGAGGAGGUGGGAAAAAUUCGCUGACUCAAAGCUAGGCCGUGAUUAUUCUUCAUCAUCAGCAGAAGGAGAGAUGGAGUUUGUUUCAAUUCCGGGGCUGCCUAUCAGGUUUGAUUUUAAGGUACUUGCUGUGGCAACUGGAGGUUUCAAGACUCAGAUUGGAUCUGGCGGAUUUGGAACGGUGUAUAAAGGGACUCUUCGCGAUGGAACCGAUGUAGCAGUGAAGAAGAUCACUUGCCUGGGAUCCCAAGGGAAGAGAGAAUUCCUGACUGAGAUUGCUGUUAUUGGGAAGAUUCAUCACGUCAAUUUGGUUAAGCUGAAAGGAUUCUGUGCUUACCGGGGGCAAAGGUUUUUAGUCUAUGAGUACAUGAGUCGAGGAUCCCUUGAUCGAACUCUUUUCCACGGUGAGCCUGUUUUGCAAUGGAAUGAGAGAUAUGAGAUUGCACUAGGGACGGCAAGAGGGCUAGCGUACUUGCAUUCGGGAUGUGAGCACAAGAUCAUCCACUGUGACGUCAAACCUGAAAACAUCCUCCUCCACGACAAAUCACAGGUUAAAAUCUCGGAUUUCGGGCUCUCAAAGCUGCUCAGUCCGGAGCAAUCAGGCCUGUUCACAACUAUGAGAGGAACACGGGGAUACCUAGCACCAGAGUGGCUCACGAGCUCUGCUAUUUCAGACAAGACUGAUGUGUACAGUUAUGGGAUGGUCCUGCUAGAACUAAUAAGGGGCAAGAAGAACUCUUCCCCUCAAACACAUAGCAAUAACAGCUCAGGAACGGAUAGCAACAGGGAGAACGUUGCCCCGUCUUCAUCUUCAUCAGGAGAAUCAGGAAACCGGCUUGUUUACUUCCCCCUUUUUGCAUUGGAAAUGCACGAGGAGAGGAGGUAUAUGGAGCUGGCGGAUCCAAGGCUAAUGGGGCAGGUGAGAAGUGAGGAUGUGGAGAAACUCGUGCGGGUGGCUCUAUGCUGUGUGCACGAAGAGCCAAACUUACGGCCCUCCAUGUCUAAUGUGGUCGGCAUGUUGGAGGGUGGGGUGCCUUUAGGCGAGCCGAGGAUGGAGUCGUUGAAUUUCUUAAGGUUUUAUGGUCGGAGGUUCACGGAAGCAUCAACAUUGAAAGAAAACAUGAACAGUGAGCAGAAUCAGCUGAUGCUGUACCGGCAACCAACGACCAACAGUAAUAGCUCAUACAAUUCUUUCUCCUACAUGUCCUCACAGCAAGUCUCAGGUCCUAGAUAACAUUCAUAUCCACAAGUUCAUCUGUCUAUAGCUCUGUUGAUGUUUUUGAUCCAAAGAUCAAAGGCAGUUGGGUAGUAUAGUUUAGGACAGUAGAAAUAGUAAUGUUUUUCAGAUGUUGCAGUAAAAGGGACUGGUUUAUAUAUUCCACAGCUGUAUGGAUUCGCUUCUGAGUUGGAAUUCUCAGUUGAUCUUUGGUUUAAAGUUAUUCUUAUUCGUUGAUCAAAUCAAUGCAAUUUCAGUUUUGCUGGUUGCUACA